AUGGCCUGGCUGGGAUCAUCUGACGAGUCAGCACCGGGAGUAAAAUCCCGAUCUGCCAAGUCUUUUGUUAUCCGCCACACUGAGAUCGCCUUGCGUGCAGUUGUGCUGCGCUCUGAAGGAGGGGAUGGGAUGUUUGACAGGUACCGCUGUGUGCUGUCGGGCUGCGCCAUCAUCGUCCGUGGGCAGCCCCGAGGCGGACCGCCCCCCGAGCGCCAGAUCAACCUCAGCAACAUCCGUGCAGGGAACCUCGCCCGCCGUGCCGCUGCGGGCCAGCCGGAUGCCAAGGACACCCCGGACGAGCCCUGGGGGUUCCCAGCUCGCGAGUUCCUGCGGAAGAAGCUGAUCGGGAAGGAGGUCUGCUUUACCGUGGAGUACAAGACCCCGCAAGGCCGGGAGUACGGGAUGGUGUACUUGGGGAAAGACACGAGCGGCGAGAACAUUGCUGAGUCCCUGGUGGCCGAAGGGCUGGCCUCCCGCCGGGAAGGGAUCCGAGCCAACAACCCUGAGCAGAGCAGGCUGGCGGAGCUGGAGGAGCAGGCCAAGAGUGCCAAGAAGGGGAUGUGGAGUGAGGGGACGGGCUCUCACACCAUCCGGGAUCUCAAGUACACGAUUGAAAACCCCCGGCACUUCGUGGACUCCAUGCACCAGAAGCCAGUCAACGCCAUCAUAGAGCACGUCCGGGAUGGCAGCGUGGUGAGAGCCCUCCUCCUCCCCGAUUACUACCUGGUCACUGUCAUGCUCUCGGGGAUCAAGUGCCCCACAUUCAAGCGGGAGGCGGAUGCCCCCGAAGUCCCCGAGCCGUUUGCAGCCGAAGCGAAGUUCUUCACGGAGUCACGGCUGCUGCAGAGGGACGUGCAGAUUGUCUUGGAGAGCUGCCACAACCAGAACAUCCUGGGCACCAUCCUGCACCCGAAUGGGAACAUCACUGAGCUCUUGCUGAAGGAGGGCUUUGCCCGCUGCGUGGACUGGUCCAUCGCCGUCUACACUCACGGCGCUGACAAGCUGCGUGCAGCCGAAAGGUUCGCCAAGGAGCGCAAGUUGAGGAUCUGGAGGGACUACGUGGCCCCCACAGCAAACCUGGAUCAGAAGGACAAGCAGUUUGUAGCCAAGGUGAUGCAGGUGCUGAACGCGGACGCCAUCGUGGUGAAGCUGAACUCUGGGGACCACAAAACCAUUCACCUGUCCAGCAUCCGACCCCCCCGGCUGGAGGGGGACAGCACGCAGGACAAGAACAGGAAGCUGAGGCCCCUCUACGACAUUCCCUACAUGUUCGAGGCCCGGGAGUUCCUGCGCAAGAAGCUCAUCGGGAAGAAGGUGAACGUGACGGUGGACUACAUCCGACCGGCCAGCAGCGCCACCGAGACCGUGCCUGCCUUCUCCGAGCGCACGUGUGCCACCGUCUCCAUUGGAGGAAUCAACAUCGCCGAAGCGCUGGUGAGCAAGGGCCUGGCCACCGUCAUCCGCUACCGGCAAGACGACGACCAAAGAUCCUCGCACUAUGACGAGCUCUUGGCUGCGGAGGCUCGGGCUAUCAAGAACGGCAAAGGGCUGCACAGCAAGAAGGAGGUGCCGAUUCACCGGGUCGCCGACAUCUCUGGGGACACCCAGAAGGCGAAGCAGUUCCUGCCCUUCCUGCAGCGCGCCGGCCGCUCCGAGGCCGUGGUGGAGUACGUCUUCAGUGGCUCCCGGCUGAAGCUCUUCAUGCCAAAGGAAACCUGCCUCAUCACCUUCCUGCUCGCAGGCAUCGAAUGUCCCCGGGGAGCCAGGAACCUGCCUGGGCUGGUUCAGGAGGGUGAGCCCUUCAGCGAGGAGGCCACGCACUUCACCAAGGAGCUGGUGCUGCAGCGAGAGGUGGAGGUGGAGGUGGAGAGCAUGGACAAGGCGGGGAACUUCAUCGGCUGGCUGCACAUCGAGGGCCUCAACCUGUCGGUGGCUCUGGUGGAGCACGCCCUCUCCAAGGUCCACUUCACCGCCGAGCGCAGCCCCUACUACAAGGCGCUGCUGGCUGCUGAGGAGGCCGCCAAGCAGAAGAAGGAGAAGGUGUGGUCCCACUACGAGGAGACCCCGGUGGAGGAGGUGGUGCCGGUGCUGGAGGAGAAGGAGCGCACGGCCAACUACAAGCCCGUCUUCGUGACGGAGAUCACGGACGAUCUCCACUUCUACGUGCAGGACGUGGAGACGG